AUGAAAGAGAUCUUUUGGGCAAAUGACCCUUGUACAUUCGAACAUUGGAUGAGAAUGCCACAGAUGGAGGAUGUUAUAGCAAAUGCCUACCAAAGGUCACUGUACUUUUUUUCACUACAAAUUAAUCUUACCUUUCUUCCACAUCACUAUCUAUUAAAUCGAAAUGAAACAUUUGCAAUAGCCUUCGUUAAUAAUAAUCAUUAUGUGGCUAUUACAUUGAAGCCUGGUGCCCCUGUACCACCAAUUGUAAAUCGAUGGACACAGUUUGCUACCUCGACCGCGAUAAGAUGGAAGCUACUAAUUCAAAAUCGUAUUGAUUGCUUUCUUACAAUAAGUAGUUCAUCUAACGAA